UGGAGGUGGCUCUUAACGGGGCUUCCCCUCGCCGCGGCUGCGUGUGGCGGCCGGCAAAGGGCGGCCUUCUGCCUCGGCGUGCAUGGCGUUGCCGUGCAGCGCUUUCCCCGCUUCCCACCCCCGCCGCCGGGCUCUCGGCGUGGCCGCUCGCCCACCUGCGUCCGCGGCGGGGGAUGCUCACCGGGGCCGCUCGGCAUCCCCAGGGCUCGGGAAGCGGGAGCGGACGGCAGGGGACAGCCUGGGGACGGUGGCUGACGAGGUUGGGGUCCCCCCCCGGCGCAGGCUGGCUGUCACCGCGGGGGCGUCGGAAACCGAGCUGCUGUCACCGUGCUGGGGCCGGAGCUUACUCGCUUUAAGGAGCGAGGCUGCACAUCACUGCUGCGCUGGGCGCUUCGCGGGAAAGGCCACUCACUAAUUCACGCAUCUCUCGGCUGGUUUUUAACAAAGGGAACAACCUGCCUUAUCUUGCUUGCUCACCUGACCGUUGAUCAGAGAGUCUGCUGUACACGCAGGCACAGGAGGAGAGAGAUCUGCGCUCAGGAGGGGCUGUGAAGACAACAAAUUCCCAGCUACUUUUGCCACUGCAUUCUCUGUAAAGCUUCUGUAUUACCCAGUGUUCCUGAGUCUACCUCUUCUCUCCCAAGAUGCUGCAAAGAGUCCUGUGUACAGUGUUGUUCAUGGGAGCCUUGCCAUCACUGGCUGAGGUGUCCCAAGGCCACAUCUCAGUGGUCUUGCUGGGAGCCACAGGUGAUUUGGCCAAGAAGUAUUUGUGGCAGGGUCUCUUCCAGCUCUACAUGGACCAAGUGAGCAGCGGCCACAGCUUCACUUUCCAUGGGGCUGCACUGACAGCUCUGGAGCCAGGGCAGAGGCUGAUGUUUGAUGUGCUGAAGAAGCUGGCCUGUCCCCCAGAUGAAUCUCCCAACAGAUGUGCUGUGCUUAAGGACCAAUUCCUGAAGCUGAGCCAAUACCACCAGCUGAAGACUGCCGAAAACUACACUGUGCUGAACAGAGAGAUUGAGACACUGCUUCGCCAGGAGGGGCUGAAGGAGGCUGGAAGGAUCUUCUACUUCUCAGUACCGCCAUUUGCCUACACAGAGAUUGCCCGCCACAUCAACAGCAGCUGCAGACCACCGCCAGGAGCCUGGCUACGUGUGGUGCUGGAGAAACCUUUUGGCCAUGACCUGGAGUCAGCCCAGCAGCUGGCUGCAGAGCUGACAAGCUUCUUCAAAGAAGAGGAGAUGUACCGGGUAGACCAUUACCUUGGUAAACAGGCUGUAGCCCACAUCCUGCCUUUUCGAGAUCAGAACCGACAGUUUCUGGAUCCAAUUUGGAACCGUCAUCAUGUGGAAAGAGUGGAGAUUGUCUUGAAAGAGACUGUGGAUGCUGAAGGCCGCACCAGCUUCUACGAGCAGUAUGGAGUCAUCCGGGACGUGCUGCAGAACCACCUCACAGAGGCCCUGAUGUUCCUGACCAUGGAGCUCCCAGCCAACGUGAGCAGGGCUGAAGAGGUUUUGCAGAGCAAGCUGCAGGCCUUCCAGUCCUUGCGGGGCCUGGAGAAAAACAGUGCCGUGUUGGGUCAGUAUCAGGCAUAUGCCAGCCAAGUACAGGAGGAACUGCAGAAGCCACAAGACUACAUCAGCACAACACCAACCUUUGCAGGUGUGCUGAUUCACAGUGACAGCCUGCGUUGGGAAGGGGUCCCUUUCCUGCUCACUUCUGGGAAAGCUCUGGAUGAACGGGUAGGUUAUGUCCGUGUUCUCUUCAAGAACCGGGCCUACUGCACUCAGAGCGAGACUUUGAGGGAUGCAGAGCACAGCCAAUGUAAAGCCAAGCAGAUCAUCUUCUACAUUGGGCACGGCGUGCUCAACAUGCCUGCGGUGCUUGUGAGCAGGAACCUUUUCAGGCCUGUCAUGCCAGAAGGCACUUGGAGAGAAGCAGUGGGUCAGUCAGACCUGCACAUUUUUGGACAACCGUUGUCUGAUUACUACGUGUACAGCCCUGUGAAAGAGAGGGAUGCAUAUUCUGUCCUCAUCUCCAACAUCUACCAUGCCAGGAAGGACUUCUUCAUUACCACUGAGAACCUGCUGGCCUCUUGGGGAUUCUGGACACCCCUGCUGGAAAGCAUUUCCCACCAGCCCCUGCGCCUCUACCCUGGGGGUGUGGAGAACCAGCACCUCUUAGACUUUGAGAUGGUGAGCGGGGAAGUGGCAUUCACACUGGCAGAGCCAGUGGAACUGCUGAACCCCAACAGACUGAUGCCAAGUGAUUACAGGACGAUCCAGUCCAAAUUUCGGCAAAGUCCCCUGGUCUCAGCAUGGUCUGAGGAGCUGAUUUCCCAUCUGGCUUCUGACAUUGAGAAGACAGCAAGCAGGACUGUGGCACAGUCUGGGCAAUUCCACCUGGCCCUCUCAGGUGGCUCAAGCCCAGUGGUCCUAUUCCAGCGGCUAGCAAGACACCAUUAUGCCUUCCCAUGGAAGCACACCCACAUCUGGCUGGUAGAUGAACGCUGUGUCCCUCUGACUGACACGGAGUCCAACUUCUUCAGCUUGCACAACCACCUCCUCCAGAAUGUCAGGGUGCCCUACUUCAACGUCCACCCCAUGCCUGUGCACCUGAACCAGCGGCUCUGCGUGGAAGAGGAUGCAGGCACAGAGCUGUAUGCCAAGGAGAUCAUGGCCCUGGUGGCCAAUGCCAGCUUUGACCUGGUGCUGCUGGGGGUGGGCACUGAUGGGCACACUGCCUCGCUCUUCCCCCGGUCUGAAAACGGCUUGGAAGGGGCUCAGACUGUGGUGCUGACUGAAAGCCCUGUCAAACCUCACCAAAGGAUGAGCCUUAGCCUACCCCUCAUCAACAAGGCCAGGCAGGUGUUUGUCCUGGUUUUGGGGAAGGGCAAGCACGACAUCACCACCCUGCUCAGCAGAGUGGGCCACGAGCCAAGGAAAUGGCCUAUCUCGGGUGUCAGCCCUAGCUCCGGCCAGCUGGUGUGGUAUGUGGAUUAUGAAGCUCUGCUUGGGUGAUGUCUUCCCGGUGUCCCUCCUCCCUUGUCUGCGUGGCCCUGACAGCCUGGAUUUUCCUACACAAUGUCCGUGUUUUUCUGUUGCCAGCAGCAGCUUCAUCUCUGACAGACUCCUCUAACCUUCUGGGAAAUCUGUGGCCUGCAGUGCCUCUGACAUUUGAGCCUGGAAAGGAGCUCGGCUCAGUGUCCAGAGCUGAGUAGGAGCCAAGAGCCCAGUGCAGCAUUUCUGGCUCUGCUAGGGGCUCUGACCGUGACUUCGGACAAAUUACCUCACCUUGAAGUGCCUUUCCCUGCCAGGCCUUUGUGGUUACUAGCAUUUAACUACCUCACAGGCACUAUGGGAGACUUCUUAAAUUAAGUACCUGCCGAUUUUUUUUUAAUUUUUUUUUUAAUUCUCAGGCUAUAAAACGUUCAGGAAAUAACACGUUCAUCCUCUGCCCUGCUCAGUCUGGCUGGGACAGAGCUGUUGUCUCGGUGAAAUGGUGGUUCUGUGCACAUGGGUCUAUAGUCUCGUAUGUGCAGCCCGUCGUGGUGUCAGCCAGCCUGGGAGCACAGACACCCGUUUGCUUUUGUGCCAUGUGGCCCCUAAACGCCGACACUGAUUUGUGAGCUCACUGCAGCCCCGAGUCUUUGCAAAUUGCCCAGCAGCGGAGGCUGAGUUUAUAAGCAGUAAUUUGCUGCUUUCAUUAAGUGGGUAGCUGAUACCAUGGGGGCUGGAGAAGAAAGACACAUCACUUUCUAGGCUGUUAGAAUAAUGGGGACAGGGUGAGGAAUAUCUCAGUUCACAGAGCUGUUGCUUGCCUGCAGUGCAAUAAUUAUUGAGGGAAAAGCUUGGUGUUCAGAGUUGUUUGCAUUUAGCUAGCAAAGACAUGUUUUCUUUAACCGUCUUUCUCUGUCUCAUUCUCUGGAAUGAACUUUUCUCUGUCCUCAGAAUUGAAGCUUGCAGUGUCAUUCAGUGGCUUAUAAAAUUUACGUGUGAGGCAGCUUUGUAAAGUAUCAAUGUCCCAGUCAUUACAGCACACAUUAAGGUAGUCACAGUGUUUGUGGAUGGUGGGGAUGGGGUUUGAACUCAAGGACACUGACUUCUAAGGGGAGGAAAUCUUCUCUGUACACAUCUCUUGGGCGCACGGAACUAGCAAAUUGCAUCUCUGGUGACAGGACGAUGUUAAGUGGCUAUAGAAAUGCAUAGUGCUGUUGCUCACAGGAAUGGUUGGAGGCAUCUAGUCCUACCUAGAGACACCACUCUCCCCUUCCUAAUUUUCACCUUCCUGGAAUGCUGCCACACGCAAUAGGUGUCUCUCUGCUUUCGUGAUACCCCCAAAUGCACCGUUAUCUUCUCUAAUGGGUAAGUUACUGCAGCACACCAGAGUGCAGCUCUUGGUAAGGAAAUUGAGACAGCAGAGGAUGGGAGAAUCUGGGCUGAUGGUCCAUGGGGAGGCUAGAGACAAACCCACUCACCCGGCGUGGCACCAGGAUGGGACAUGGAUGUGGGCUGCCAGCAGGGAGGAUUCCGCAAAGGAGCAGAGGCCACUUGCAGGAGGAUUUCUCUCUCCUUCCUGUGAAUGCUGGCCCUGUUUCUGCAGAGAAGUAGCUGUGUGUGGAGAUGUGGGGGGCUGAGGUGAGGCCUGAGGGCUUGGCGGGGGCCCAAUGCUGGCAGGAGAUGACGCCCCCACCUCAGGCAGCAGCAGUGGGUUGUUCUUUCUGAAAGAAACCCUGCUGUUCUUUCAGCAGGGCUGGUAUGAGGCUGUGCCAGGCUGGGCCACCCAUCACAUCCCUGGCACCUCACAAGGGAAAAGCUGGGAUCCCACGGCUUGGACCUGGGAGUCCAGUGACCCUUUAAGUACCUUAAAUUCUGCCCUAUAGGGAAGGAAGGAGACUUUGGUUUGGAGAGCUGGGUGACAGGCAUUGGCUUCAGAUCUUUCCCUGCGCGGGGAUCUGCUGAAUCCUGGUGAUGAAGAUGCAAAUCCAGGUACGAAGAGGUGCUACAGUCUGAUGGCACAUGGAGCAAGGUGGGCAGGUCUCUACAGCCUGUGCUCCUGGGUUCCCGAGUUGUUGCCUUUCAGCAUAAUGCUUAUCUUAAUGCAGAAAUCAGACGUGUUGUCCUCUGCUAACUGCACAGAUAAAAGCACACUGAGCAAGCUCUGGAGAGCCUGUCACUCACCAGCAGUCCCUAGGCAAGCAGAGCCAGGGAGAACAUAACCUGGCAGAAACUAUGUGCAGCAGGAAAAGGCCAAAUUCUCAGGGACUGGCUGUGAUUUCUGGCAGACGCCCUCCCCCACCUUGCAGAUGGUCCAGAAAAGCUGCGUUUUACAUACUGUAUUUGACUGAGUCGCACGGAUGCGCAUCCCUUGGCUCUUGCAUGGGAAAGGAGGGGAGUUGUGAUAAUGCAGCGUUAUCAAAAGCUCAGGCAGAAGAGACACAAGUGCCUUAACUGGUCUGGUUUGACAGCCUGGUUACCCAUCUUUUGUGGGCAUUCGUGAAUAAAUUUGCUCCUGCCUGUUUUGUGGUUAUGGGCUUAACUACCAGCACAAACACCAAAGGGUGAAAAUAAAUCGCAGGGGAGGAGAGGAGCAUCAAAGAGCAGGAGGAAGGUGAGCACUGCAGGUUCCUUGCUGCAGGACUGGCCUGUCAAGUGGAUAUGCUGACGGUGGGGUCUGGAGUAAGAGCGUAUGCCUAGGAUUUAACUGGAAUAAUUCUUCUGGAGCAAUUCUCUUUGUAGAUGAGUGCUAGCAAACACUGGCUCCAGAAUAUACCACAGUGGCCGAAACAGCUCUGCAGAGGAAGAUGUUUUAGGUCUGGUACGUCCAUGAAUUCAAACAUAAUUUUUCAUUUUUAAACAAAAAUAGCCAUGUUAACUUCAUUCCACUUCUCUUGUAUUUGGUGUGAGGGAACAAGCUUUGAUGAAAAACUGAUCUAUGUGAGAAUAAAUACAUUGUUAUGAAUGACAGAAUUUAUUACUACUUUGCAGAUGACUGUGGCAUCGGUGUUUUAUUUCUGCACACUUUCUUGUUAAUAUUUGGCUGGCACCUUGUGAAAUAAACACUGGUUUAGAGAGGUUUGUUUGCACUUUUACAUAAGCAUGUGGGUUUUUUUCCCAGAGAGCUGCUGUUCUUUGCAGCUGAAAAUAGGGUUCAUUUGUGAGGUCUAAUGGGUUCCCCCAAAAUUCAUCCUAGAUUUUAUUAAAAUGCAGUAAAAGCUUAAAAGCUUACACGUGUUUUCCUCAGUGAACAUAGCUGUCUGAGUUGCUUGGGGUUUGUUUUGUUGUUUUGUUUGGCUUUUUUUAGAACUGUAUUUUCUUUUUACACAGACAAUUCCUGUUAAACACUUUAAUAGUCAGCAUUUGCCAAAUGAAAACCAAAUAUUUUUAAAUAUAUAAAAUUUGUGACAAAUUUUAUUUUGUGACAAAGGCAAGAGAGGGACUGCGGAUGGGAAGAAGGGUUAAACAAAUGACAAAUCUGAUGAAGAAUGGUAGAAAUCCACUGGGCUAUAGGCCAAGGAAGCCGUGCUAUUUUUAUUUUGUGAAAGCUAUUAAUAGGUGUGCACCGUCUCGAGAGCUUGUAUUAACCUUUCUUUGCAAAAGCAACUCCAUGGAGUAACUUCUUGCAGUCUGUUUCUCCCAUAAGUGAUUCUUGAUACCGAUUUAAUAAUUUUUUUUAAAUGGCAAGUGCAUUCCUAGAACUCAAUGGUAUGAUUAUUUGUAUGUUUUACAGAAUGCUAACACUGGAAUUCAUUUUUCACUUAACUUUUAUAAAUGGAGUUGUAAAAAUCUUAUUUUCCAUGAGUAAAGUUUUGUGAUUCCUUUCAUGUUGUGUAAUGAAUAGAGAAUUAUAUUUAU